CCACUCUCCACAGUAACCUUGGUGGUUGGUGGUGUGGUUUGACUCUCUGUCGCUGAGGCUACCCCGCUCCAGGAAAAUUCAUGAAAUGGCCACAGAUGAUAAGGCGUCACCAACCCCGGACUCUGCCAGUGACUUGCCCAGCUCUCCUGCUAGCCCUUCUCAUCUCACGCACUUCAAGCCUUUGACUCCAGACCAGGACGAGCCUCCAUUUAAAUCAGCCUACAGCUCUUUCGUAAAUCUCUUUCGUUUCAGCAAAGAUGAGGGCAGGCUUUCAUCUGCGCCAGAGAGAGCGGAAGGUGGACAGGAAAACCAGCAGCCUCUGAACGCAAGUUUUACUCGUCCUCAGCACCCAGCCAGGACGCCAACCGCCAGAUCUCCUGGGCCCUACACGAAGCAGUUAAAUGAAGAGCUGCAGCGAAGGUCCUCUGCCAUCCUAGACACUCGAAGAAAAGUGGAGCCUACUCCUGGAGGUCAUGAUCCUCGGACAGCAGUUCAGCUUCGAAGUCUCAGCACAGUCUUGAAACGCCUCAAGGAAAUAAUGGAGGGGAAGAGCCAGGACAGUGAUUUGAAACAGUACUGGAUGCCAGAUAGCCAGUGCAAAGAGUGCUAUGACUGCAAUGAGAAGUUUACCACCUUUCGGCGUAGGCACCACUGCCGUCUCUGUGGACAGAUCUUCUGCAGUCGUUGCUGUAACCAGGAAAUUCCUGGGAAAUUUAUGGGUUACACAGGGGACCUCCGAGCUUGCACAUAUUGCCGGAAAAUAGCCUUGAGCUACGCACACUCCACAGACAGUAACUCCAUUGGUGAAGACUUAAACGCCCUUUCCGAUUCUGCAUCUUCCGUGUCUGUGCUUGAUCCCGGAGAGCCCCGGACGCCUGUUGGGAGUAGAAAAGCGAGCCGCAACAUUUUUUUAGAAGAUGAUUUAGCAUGGCAAAGUUUGAUUCACCCAGAUUCUUCAGGUACCACUCUGUCAUCACGGCUUAUAUCUGUUCAAGAGGAUGCUGGAAAAUCUCCUGCUCGGAACAGAUCGGCCAGCAUAACUAACCUGUCCCUGGAUCGGUCUGGAUCUCCCAUGGUCCCCCCAUAUGAAACAUCUGUUAGUCCCCAGGCCAAUCGCACAUAUGUGAAAACCGAGAGCAGUGAAGAUGAGCGCAAAAUUCUUCUGGAUUCUGUGCAACUGAAGGACUUGUGGAAGAAAAUCUGUCAUCACAGUAGUGGAAUGGAGUUCCAGGACCACCGCUAUUGGCUGCGGACACAUCCCAAUUGCAUUGUGGGAAAGGAAUUGGUCAAUUGGCUGAUCAGAAAUGGGCACAUAACCACUAGAGCUCAAGCCAUAGCCAUUGGACAAGCGAUGGUAGAUGGACGUUGGCUGGAUUGUGUUAGUCAUCACGAUCAAAUCUUUCGGGACGAGUAUGCCCUGUACAGACCGCUGCAGAGCCCAGAAUUUUCUGCCAGCCCUUCUCCGGACAGUGACUCGGGAAACUCUGUGGAAGGGCACUCGGAGCCCUCCUGGUGUAAGGACAUCAAGUUUGAUGACAGCGACAAUGAGCAGAUGGCCGAAGAAGGGGAGGAUUCAUUGGCCAAUUCCGCGAGCCCUAGCAAGCGUCCGUCAGUCAGCAGCUUCCAGUCCACAGUGGACAGUGACUCAGCGGCUUCCAUCAGCUUGAACGUGGAGCUGGACAACGUGAACUUCCAUAUCAAGAAGCCCUCCAAGUACCCACACGUACCCCCUCACCCUGCCGACCAAAAAGAGUAUUUAAUUCCUGACAACGGAGGACAACAGAUCUCAAUAAGCGAUGCCUUCAUCCAAGAGUCUCUCUUCAAUCGGAGGGUCGAGGAGAAAUUCAAGGAGCUGCUUUUUACACCACUAGGUUGGCAUCACAGCAACCUGGAGCUGCUGAGAGAGGAGAAUGGGGAGAAACAAGCCAUGGAACGAUUACUUUCAGCUAACCACAACCACCUGAUGGCUCUGCUUCAGCAGCUGCUCAACAGUGAAUCUCUGUCCCUCUCUUGGAGAGACAUCAUUGUGCCCCUGGUGUGCCAGGUGGUGCAGACCGUCCGCCCCGAUGUCAAAAACAGGGACGAUGAUAUGGAUAUCCGGCAAUUUGUCCACAUCAAAAAAAUCCCAGGAGGAAAGAAGUUUGACUCUGUGGUCAUCAAUGGCUUUGUUUGUACGAAGAACAUUGCGCAUAAAAAGAUGAAUUCUUGUAUAAAAAAUCCCAAAAUUCUUCUGUUGAAAUGUUCUAUUGAAUAUCUGUACAGAGAAGAAACCAAGUUUACUUGCAUUGACCCCAUCGUCCUCCAGGAAAGAGAGUUUCUGAAGAACUACGUGCAGCGGAUAGUUGAUGUCCGACCGACUUUGGUCCUCGUUGAGAAGACGGUAUCCCGGAUUGCUCAGGACAUGUUACUGGAACAUGGAAUUACUCUGGUCAUUAAUGUAAAACCGCAAGUUUUAGAUCGAGUGAGCCGGAUGACUCAAGGUGACCUAGUGAUGUCAAUGGAUCAGUUGCUCACAAAGCCACACCUGGGAACCUGCCACAAAUUUUCCAUGCAGAUGUUCCAGCUUCACAAUGAUCAAACAAAAACGCUGAUGUUUUUCGAAGGAUGUCCACAGCACUUGGGCUGUACAAUCAAGCUAAGAGGAGGCUCGGAUUAUGAGCUGGCUCGAGUGAAAGAAAUCCUGAUAUUCAUGAUCUGUGUGGCUUACCACUCUCAACUGGAAAUCUCCUUCCUUAUGGAUGAGUUCGCCAUGCCUCCUACCUCACCUCAAAACAGCUCCUUCCACUCUCUGAUCGAAGGGUCCGGAGAAGCUGGGCCUGGGCCAGCUCUCUUCAGCGGCAGUCCCCUCUCUGACAGACUGCCGGUGAUAUCUGAAGCGGCUUCCUCCGACAACAGUGGCCUCCCGGAACUGAGGGUCCAGAUCGAGCAAACUAACGAGGAUGCCGAAAGCUGCCCACAGGAAGCUUCGUCUCUGAAACCCCGAGAGUUGCUCACAGCUGCUGUCGGUGUGCUCCCACUCCCUGCUCCCCUCCUUCCGCACAUUCCAGAAUCACUGUUACCUUUGCCCGGGGAAGACCAGGAGGACGAUUUGGGUGGGGAGCAGUCAGAGAGCUUACAGGACCCCAAGAACAACCAGAGAGUAUUCAGAGACCCGCUGCAGGAUGACACUGGCAUAUACGUUGCCGAGGAAGUCACCUCUUCAGAAGAUAGGCUCAAGACCUAUUCUUUGGCCUUCAGACAGGAAUUGAAAGAUGUGAUCCUCUGCAUCUCUCCGGUGAUCACGUUUCGAGAGCCCUUCCUCUUAACUGAGCAGGGCACGCAUUGCCCUACCCGCGAUUACUUUCCAGAGCAAGUCUACUGGUCGCCACUCCUGAAUAAGGAGCUGAAGGAUCUGGAGAGCCGAAGGAAGAAGCAGUUGUUGAGAGAACUUCCUGGGCUCCAGAGCGUCAAUGGGAGCAUUCAGGCCAGGACCAUCCAAGUCCUCCCCUCCCACGAGCUCGUCAGCACAAGCCUGGCGGGACAUGUCAGCGGUUGCCAGAGUUUGGGCAGGCUACUGGCGGAUUAUCGGGCCCGGGGCGGCAGAAUUCAGCAAAGGAAUGCCGACCCUUUCACUCAGGCGAAGGACCUACUGGGAACCCCUGGAGGAAAGCCUGGAAGUAGAAAUGAGGGUGAUGAGGAGAGAGGGCUGAUUCAGAAUGAGGGACCCUGGGCAGCCAAGAUAGACUGUCUGAGUCCCAGAAGCCACCAGAGGCUGUGCGUGCUUUUCAGUAGCUCCUCGUCCCAGUCCAGUAAUGCGCCCAGUGCCUGUGUCAGUCCUUGGAUUGUGACAAUGGAAUUUUAUGGGAAGAAUGAUCUCACUCUAGGAAUAUUUCUGGAACGGUACUGUUUCAGGCCAUCCUACCAGUGCCCCAGCAUGUUUUGUGAGACACCGAUGGUGCACCACAUCCGCCGUUUUGUCCAUGGGCAGGGCUGCGUGCAGAUCAUUCUCAAGGAGCUGGAGUCUCCAGUCCCUGGCUAUCAACACACGAUCCUGACCUACUCGUGGUGCCGGCUCUGUAAACAGGUGACCCCAGUUGUUGCCCUUUCCAGCGAUUCCUGGUCUAUGUCAUUUGCCAAAUACUUAGAACUUAGGUUCUAUGGGCACCAGUACACUCGCCGAGCGAAUGCUGAGCCAUGUGGUCACUCCAUCCAUCAUGACUACCACCAAUACUUCUCCUACAACCAGAUGGUGGCUUCUUUUAGUUACUCUCCCAUUCGACUUCUUGAAGUUUGUGUUCCACUUCCCAAAAUAUACAUCAGACGUCAGGCUCCAUCUAAAGUUUCCAUUCUUCAAGACCUUAAAGACUUCUUCCAGAAAGUUUCUCAGGUGUACCUUGCUGUUGAUGAACGGCUUGCAUCUUUGAAAACUGAUACGUUUAGCAAGACAAGAGAGGAGAAGAUGGAAGAUAUAUUUGCACAAAAAGAGAUGGAAGAAGGGGAGUUCAAGACCUGGAUUGAGAAGAUCCAAGCCCGGUUGGUGACCUCCUCUCUAGACACUCCUCAGCAGUUACAGUCAGUGUUUGAGUCUCUGAUUGCCAAGAAGCAAAGUCUCUGUGAAAUGCUGCAAGUCUGGAAUUCCAGGCUGCAGGAUCUUUUCCAGCAGGAGAAAGGUAGAAAGCGCCCUUCCGUGCCUCCCAGCCCUGGAAGACUAAGACAAGGGGAGGAGAAUAAGAUUAGUACAAUGGAGGCAUCACCCCGCAAUGCUUCCCCAGGACUUCAAAAUGGAGAAAAAGAGGAUCGCUUCUUAUCAACUUUGUCAAGCCAAAGCUCCACUAGCUCCACGCAUCUGCAGCUGCCUACGCCUCCUGAAGUUGUAUCUGACCAACUCGUGGGAGGCCCCUCUGAGCCUGACAACAUCAGCAGUUCUGAAGAUGUCUUUGAUGGGUAUUUGCUGGGAUCCACAGACAGCCAGGUGAAGGAGAAAUCAACCAUGAAGGCUAUCUUUGCCAAUCUGCUGCCAGGGAACAGCUAUAACCCAAUUCCCUUCCCAUUUGACCCUGACAAACACUAUUUAAUGUACGAACACGAGCGUGUGCCCAUCGCAGUCUGUGAGAAGGAACCCAGCUCAAUCAUAGCUUUUGCUCUCAGUUGCAAGGAGUACAGAAACGCCUUAGAUGAGUUGUCCAAAGCAUCUCUGAAGAACAGCGCUGAAGAAGGGCUUCCAUCAAACAGUUCAGUGGACAACAGGCCGAAGAGUAGCAGUCCGGUCAGAUUACCCGAGGCCAACGGGGGACAAAUGGGCCGAGCAGGAGAAGGUGAACCACAGCCUCCCAAAAAAGCAUCAGGAGUGUUGUCCUUCUUCCGCGGCACGGGAGGGAAGAGUCCCGAUCUCUCUUCCCAGAAGAAGGAAACCUUACGCGGGGCCGAUAGUGCUUAUUACCAGGUGGGACAAAUGGGCAAAGAGGGCCCAGAGCACCAAGGAACAGAACCCCAGGAGGAGGCAGAUGGAGGAGACACCCAAAAGAAACAGCUAGGCAAUCCUCAUGUAGAGCUCCAAUUUUCGGAUGCUAAUGCCAAGUUCUAUUGCCGCCUGUACUACGCUGGGGAGUUCCACAGGAUGCGGGAAGUGGUGUUAGGGAACAGCGAGGAGGAUUUUACCCGGUCCUUGGCUCACUCUUCCCCGUGGCAGGCACGUGGAGGCAAGUCAGGAGCAGCCUUCUACGUGACGGAAGAUGACCGUUUCAUUCUGAAGCAAAUGCCUCGCCUGGAAGUUCAGUCGUUCCUUGAUUUUGCUCCUCACUACUUCACUUACAUUACAAAUGCUGUGCAGCAGAAGAGGCCUACAGCAUUGGCUAAAAUUCUUGGCGUGUACCGAAUUGGUUAUAAGAACUCUCAAAACAAUACGGAGAAGAAGCUGGAUCUUCUGGUCAUGGAAAAUCUGUUCUAUGGCAGGAAAAUGACCCAGGUUUUUGACCUGAAGGGCUCUCUGAGGAAUCGAAAUGUGAAAACCGACACUGGUAAAGAAAGCUGUGAUGUGGUCCUGCUAGACGAAAACCUUUUGAAGAUGGUGCGGGAUAACCCUCUGUACAUCCGAUCGCACUGUAAGGCUGUACUGAAAGCCUCCAUCCACAGCGACUCCCACUUCCUCUCGAGCCACCUCAUUAUAGAUUACUCUCUGUUGGUAGGCCGAGACGACACAAGCAAUGAGCUGGUGGUUGGAAUUAUCGAUUAUAUUCGAACGUUUACAUGGGACAAAAAGCUUGAAAUGGUGGUGAAAUCAACAGGAAUUUUAGGUGGACAAGGAAAAAUGCCAACUGUUGUCUCUCCAGAGCUGUACAGGACUAGAUUUUGCGAAGCAAUGGACAAGUAUUUCCUCAUGGUACCGGACCACUGGACAGGCCUGGGCUUGAACUGCUGAGAGGAUGCCCAUGGCUUGGAUGGUUUGAAAACAGUAAGGACAAGAGGGGAAGAGCUACCUGUCCCCUUCUCAUCCACCUCUGAAUGCACUGGCCUCCCUGGACAGUAGCCACACGGGCUAUAGACGUCUGAUACGUACAAUACACAUCUGUCUGCACUUUAGUUUUUUUUUAUACAAGUGGAUUUUCUGGAGAUUUAAAAGAAAAGCUGGACAGAGCCGUCUUUUUCCUCACUGAAGCUGAAACCUGAAGAAGUAUUUAACAGGGUCAAAGGGGAAAUGUACAGUUCAAGGGGCCAACUAAGACGAAUCCAGCUGUAGGAAGACACACUGGCAGUGUCUAACAUGGUGCUUUCCCACUGAAAGCAUUUUUGUAAAUUAGAUGAACUCUUGUUUUGUGUUUCUUGUACAUAAUCUAAUAUAAAUUGUUCUCAAAAUGUCUGGAGCAUCUGUGUCGAUGCAGGGAAUUAGAUGGCACUAAGAAAAAUUCCUUUAUGGUCAGCUAAGCCUGCCGGCAGUGUGCGUCACUGACAUGUCUCGGUCGAUUUAGUGUUUUUGCCCUUUUGCUCAGAAUCACGUCACAGUUAACGUCCGAUUGACUUAUGGUACAAUAAGGUAGAAAUUACUUGUUUAAAUUCCGCCUGUUAUUGUUUUACCUAACUGUUGACAACAGAUUUUACUGCUAAUCAUUUGGAAAUUUUCCAUUUUAUUGAGACAAUAAUUGGGACAGUUCAUGCAUUUUAAUUUCACACGUACCCAAACCGCGCCCUUCCCCUCAAAUUGAAGGGUACAUAAAUCAGAUAUGGAAAAGAGAGCUGAGUGGAUUGUUUUCUAGAUCUCUGGGUUACCUAAAAAUAAAUCGAGCCGUGUCAUACAAUUGA